AUGGCUCCGACAGCGAACACCAAACAGAGACGAGGUCGAGGAGCAGCCACAACAGCGGACUCUGACUCAGACAUCGAGUACCAAGCUUACAAUGGCCGUCUCAGAGAAGCUAGUGCGGCUAGGGCUCGUCUGAAAAAAGCCCAAGAAAACCGCAAUCAAAAGCGUGCGGCCCUGUCGGCUGCCCACAGCGCAGCCAUCGCCAGAGUCGAGGCUCGUCUGCGCAGCUCUAUAGCCAAGCACCAUGCCCUGCGCUCAGCAAUCAUCCUCUCCCACCUCAACCGUCUGCGGGAAGCCCUCCAGCGCCGUGACAGUAUCCUCACCCAAAUUGCCAACAAGGUGGCUGCUCAGCGUAGGAGGAUGCUUAAUCUCGGUAUCCAAUUGAGUACGCUGUAUGAAGGCAGGAAAGAAGAUAUUAAGGGGCUAAUUGCGGAGCUGAAUGGGGAGAAGGAUCCGGAUACGGAAGAGCAGGAGCUGAUCAGGGGUUGA